ACAUAGAUCCUUCCAGCCCGAGGAUCUUACUCCGCCCCGGAAAACGCCGACGAAUCGAAACGCUUAUCGCCGCCGGUCUCCGCCACCAUGUUCAGACACACUUCUCGAUUCCUUGCUCGAACUGCAACCAUGAGGUGGCGCCGCCCCUUCUCCACCGAUCUGCCCACGGAGGCAAAGGCGGACCCUGGUUUCGUGGAUGCCUGGAAGAAAGUAAUCCCUAACGUUGAUCCACCAAACACUCCAUCGACGUAUAUGAAAUCUCGACCCGCCGCGCCAUCCUCCAUCCCCUCUAAGCUCACGAUCAAUGUCGCCCUUCCGUACUCAUCUGAACUCGCCUGGAAGGAGGUUGACAUGGUCAUCAUCCCUGCAAGCACCGGGCAGAUGGGCAUUCUGCCCGGCCAUGUGCCGACAGUUGCUGAGCUGAAGCCAGGUGUCAUGUCGGUUCACGAAGGUAACGAUGUGACCAAAUACUUUGUGGCUGGUGGGUUUGCUUUCGUCCACGUGAACUCUUUCGCGGACAUUGUUGCCAUUGAAGCUGUCCCGCUGGACCAAAUUGACCCGGCACAGGUCCAAAAGGGACUCGCGGAGUACACUCAGAAGCUGAGCUCGGCGUCAACCGACGCAGAGAAAGCAGAAGCACAGAUUGGGGUGGAUGUACACAGUGCCCUUAACUCUGCCCUUACUGCUUAAAACUUAUAUGACUGUUUUCUCCAUCUUUUUCAGUGAUUUUUUUUUUUAAAUUUGAAUUUCAUCUUCUUGCUACGAAACCCAUGUUUGAGUGGAUGUGUCUUUGGUACUCAUUUUGGUAGCAUGUUUUUCUUCACUUGAAUAAAUUUAUGGGACUGGCAUAUUUGAACAUACAUGUUCCAUUCUUCUCACACUUUGACUUCAUACCAUGUCCGUUACCAUCUCUCUCACACCCUUACUUUCGGGCCCUGAAUGCUUGAACACCAACAGAUAUAAACUAUUAAAAAAGUGUUUGGUGA